GCCCCAGUGACCGCAGGUAAACAGCCAAGAUGGCGGCGGCGCAGGGCGCGGGCCCGGCGGGGCCCGGCGGCGGCGGGACGGGCCUCACGGACCUGCCGGGCGAGCUGCUGGAGCUCAUCCUCUGCUGCGACGUGCUGGGCGCCGCCGACAUCGGCCGCGUGUCCUGCACCUGCCGCCGGCUGCGCGAGGCGUGCCAGCCCCGCGGGAAGGUGUGGCGGGAGCGCUUCCGCCUCAGGUGGCCGUCCCUGCUGAAGUACUACAGCCACACGGACGGGGUGAGCUGGCUGGAGGAGUACAAGGCGCGGCACAACGCGGGGCUGGAGGCCCAGAGGAUUGUGGCUUCCUUCUCCAAAAGGUUCUUCUCAGAACACGUCCCCUGUGAUGGAUUCAGUGACAUUGAGACUCUGGGGUGCCCCAGUCACUUCUUUGAGGAUGAGCUGAUGUGCAUCCUGAACAUGGAAGGAAGGAAAGGCCUCACCUGGAAGUAUUAUGCCAAGAAAAUUCUCUAUUUCCUGCGGCAACAGAACAUAUUGAAAAACUUGAAGGAGUAUCUGCAGCGCCCGACCGAGCGACAGUCGUUCCUGGAGGGUGCUGUUUUAAUUGAUCAGUACUGUAACCCCCUGUCAGACAUCUGCUUAAAAAGCGUCCAGGCGCAGGUGGACGACAUCGCGGACAAGGUGCGCAAAGUCCUGCGGACCAAAAACCCCCGGCACCCCAGCCUGGCUUCCAAGGCAGGAGAGGUCAGUGUUCCAGAGGUGGAGCUCCAGCGGCAGGUUCUCGAUGCCAUGAACUGUGUCCUGUACGAGCAGUUAAAAUACAAAGGAAACGAGCUGGAUUACUACAACUCCCUGAAUUCAUACAUUCACCAGGUUUUGAUCCGCAGGACAGGAAUUCCCAUCAGUUUGUCUGUGCUUUAUUUAACAAUUGCCAGGCAACUGGGAGUCAAACUGGAACCAGUCAACUUCCCCAGCCAUUUUCUCUUGAGGUGGUGUCAAGGAAAAGAAGGGAGCACAGAUAUUUUUGACUACACCUACAUCGAUGCCUUCGGGAAGGGGAAGCAGCUGACGGUGAAGGAGUGCGAGUACCUGAUCGGGCACCACGUGACAGAGGAGUUCUAUGGGGUGGUGACUUCCAAAGAGGUCCUGCAGCGCAUGGUGGGCAACCUCCUGAACCUUGGCAAGCGAGAAAGCACUGACCAGUCUUACCAGCUCUUGAGAGACUCCCUGGAUCUGUACCUGGCCAUGUAUCCGGACAAUGUGCAGCAUCUAAUGCUCCAGGCUAGGUUAUACUUCCACCUGGGAAUCUGGCCAGAAAAGGUCCUGGACAUCCUGCAGCACAUCCAGGCCCUGGACCCGUCGCAGCACGGGGCCGUGGGGUACCUGGUGCAGCACACCCUGGAGCACAUCGAGCGGCGCAAGGAGGAGGUGGGGCCCGAGGUGAAGCAGCGCUCGGACGAGAAGCACAAGGAGGUCUGCUUCUCCAUAGGGCUCAUCAUGAAACACAAGAGGUACGGCUAUAACUGCGUCAUCUACGGCUGGGAUCCCGCCUGCAUGAUGGGACACGAGUGGAUCCGGAACAUGAACGUCCACAGCCUCCCCCACGGCCCCCACCAGCCCUUCUACAACGUCCUGGUGGAGGAUGGCUCGUGCAGAUACGCUGCCCAAGAGAACCUGGAAUACAACUCGGAGCCUCGGGAGAUCCCUCACCCCGACAUCGGCCGCUAUUUCUCCGAGUUCACCGGCCUUCACUACCUGGCAAACACCGAGCUGGAAAUCCGGUACCCGGAGGAUUUGGAGCUCACACGAGCCACGGUUCAGAAGAUCUACAGCUCAGGCAAGGAGUGAGUGCAGAAGGCAGUGUGAGGACAGAAGCAGCUGGAGUGUAGCUUUACCCUCUUGGCAAAACUUGCGUGGGAAGCAAGUUCGGUGACAAUCCCUCGGCUUGAUAAUGCAUUGAAAACUGCAUUGAACUUUGAAACUGGUGCUACAGCAUCUUCCCCUUGCCUGCCUGCCCCUUCUGGCCCGAGAGGCACAGGGACAUGUUGGCAGUUGAGGCCAAGCAGAAGGAUCUUGCAGGGACAGCCAUGCCAAGGAAGCGCGUGGUCCUUUGGAAGGAUCUGCACAAACUGCUCGUCCUGUGGUUGUCUUGCCUUAGGAGGUCGACACAGUGAGAUCCCUGGUGUAGAACGUGGAAGAACCCCCUCUUCCAGAGAAGGAAGUUGCUUGUCCUUGCAGAACUGUGGGGUUUUUGUUUGGUUGUGUCUGUUUGCUUUGGUUUUUAAUGUAUAUCCCAGGCAGGUGAUAGUUUUUAAAGUCUCUUACGUUUCCCUGUCGUCCUCUCCGGUCUGAGUUUUUGGUCAGGUUUUGCUUCACCUCUGUAGUCUGAUUGUUCAUAGAGCUUCUGUUCCAAUCUUGAAUAUCCUUCUGGGCCUGGCAAUAUCCUUUUGGGCCUGGGAAAGAGCCCCAGCAACAAAACCAGCAGCAAUGAGGCUUCUGGGGGUGGCAGGCACUGGGUCCAGUGGCCACCUUGCUGAGGACACGGACUCUCCUAAAGCAGAAGAGGAGCUUCUCGUCCUUUUCCACGCCUGCUGAACACACCCAACCCAUGUUUCGUGAUCUGUUCAUCAUGUGUGUCCAAGGCAGGACCUGUGGCAUGGCCUGAGUGCUCCCAGGACACUUUGGAACCUCGUGGCACUUUCCUGGGAGCCUUGGGGCCGGUGCCACAAUGACUUCGAUGUACAGGGAGCUGCCACUCGCUGCCACCUCCAAUCUGUAGGUAUUUAUGCAAUACAUUGGAAUUAUGACUGGAAACUGGCCAGCCCUGGAGUCAGCCAACCUGUGUAUGGAAACAAGAUGUUGAUUCCUGCAGCUCGAGGCCUUCUUCCUUUUUGCCAAAAGAGACUGGAUUCUGGGGGAGCACAGACUUUGCUGCCUGCAAGGGAAGAGCUUUAGCAGCUCAAGGCACAUGAAUUUUAACAUGACUUAAAGACCCAGGCAGAACCACAGCAGAAAAGGUUUUCCUCUGGGUCCAGGGGUGCAGAGUGACAGUAUUUGUGCAUAUCUUUGUGGUUUCUGAAGCAAUGUGUGUAGAGUAGCUGCAGCUCCUGUCACUGUCCAGUUGCAACACAGUAGUUCUCUCAGAGCUGAGAAUUAGGUCCCUGUAGAAUUAGGUGGAUGCUCUUAGGCUCUUGUAGCACUUCAGGUGAAAUCACAGAGCCCUGCCCUAAAGCAAUGCUUGAACUGCAUGUCAUCCUCCUGCAGUCCUGGUCAUCCUCCUGCAGUCCUGAUCAUCCUGCAGUCCUGGUCAUCCUGCAGUUCUGGUCAUCCUCCUGCAGUCCUGGUCAUCCUCCUGCAGUCCUGAUCAUCCUGCAGUCCUGGUCAUCCUGCAGUUCUGGUCAUCCUCCUGCAGUCCUGGUCAUCCUCCUGCAGUCCUGGUCAUCCUCCUGCAGUCCUGGUCAUCCUCCUGCAGUCCUGGUCAUCCUCCUGCAGUCCUGGUCAUCCUCCUGCAGUCCUGGUCAUCCUCCUGCAGUCCUGGUCAUCCUGCAGUCCUGGUCAUCCUGCAGUCCUGGUCAUCCUGCAGUCCUGGUCAUCCUCCUGCAGGCCUGGUCAUCCUGCAGUCCUGGUCAUCCUCCUGCAGGCCUGGUCAUCCUGCAGUCCUGGUCAUGCUCCCACAGUCCUGGUCAUCCUGCAGUUCUGGUCAUCCUGCAGUCCUGGUCAUCCUCCUGCAGUCCUGGUCAUCCUCCUGCAGUCCUGAUCAUCCUCCUGCAGUCCUGGUCAUCCUCCUGCAGUCCUGGUCAUGCUCCCACAGUUCUGGUCAUCCUCCUGCAGUCCUGGUCAUCCUCCUGCAGUCCUGAGCACUGGUUGUGUGCAAGAAAUAAACACUCAAAGCCCAGCACGUUGCCCCUGGAGUGGUGGUGAUGGUCUGUAGGGACCCCAGGCCUUCAGGGACAGCAGCCUGGAAUGUGCUGAGGAAUGGAGAAGGUGCUCUGCUCCAAGGGGAACUGUGAAGGAUUAUAAUCAUAGAGUCCCAGAAUAGUUUGGGUUGGAAGGGACCUUAAAGCUCAUCCAGUUCCCAAGAGCAGGGACACCUUCCACUGGAGCAGGUCUGCACUGAAAUGACCUUGCAGGGAAGGAGGAACUUCCAUUUUGAAUCAGGGUAGGGAAACCUCAGACAAAAAUCUUAAAACAUCCCUUGUUCUCGAGGAUUGGAGCAGACCCCAGCCCUCCAGUCCUUUUUGGGGGUUGAAAGCAGAUCCCAAAAGAUUCCUAGCAGGGGUGCCAGGUUGGGAAUGGGGCUGUGGAGUCCCAGGGUUGAUGCUGGUAGCUGAGAACAGGCAGAGCAGGGUUUGGGCUCCCCGGUCCCAGUCCCAGCUCUGGAUGUCACCGAGUUCCCUUGGACUCUGCCAAAGGGGCAGUCUGGUGACAUCUUGGCCUCUCUCAAGUGUAUCAAGGGAAUUUUACCAAGCUCACAGGAGCCCUCAGGUGCUGCCUGAGUGCCAGGCAGAGUCGUGCCAUAAAAAAACCACAGGAGCCAACGGAAGCCACACAGAGCUCCCCUGAAAACUGGUGCUGGCCAGUGCUUCUCUAACCCACGUGAACACAUGCUGUGUGCUUAAAGCCAGGGGUCCCAGAGCAGCCAGCAGAGCCCAUUAUAUCCCUCUUUUGGGGCCACUCUGUGUCUGUACCAUGAGGAGAGUCUGUUCAAGGAGGAAGUGGGGGAGUUGCUGCUCACCACAGGCUGCACCCUUCCCGUUUCCAAGGGGAGUGUUGUGUGCUGUGAGGGGCUGGAUGCACAGGGCAGCCCAGCAGCCCUGUAGCUAAAUCCUGGGCCCUUUGGCAGGUGUUUGGUGGAGGAACUGUGUCCUCAGACAGCUCUGCUUUGCUGUGCUGCCCAUGCCUGGCUGUGGGUGUUGGUGUCACCCGGGAGCACUGACACAGCCUUGGAUGUGCCAAAGCUGGAAGAAACUUGAGGUGUUUUCAGUAGGCACCACACAACACCAGCCCAGGGUCCAAGUCUGCUUUUGGGACUUCAGGCAAACACAAAGUGUGUUUGUUCCCAUUUGGUUGGGGUGGCCCCUCUGCCUCCUGUGCUGUUUGCUCUGGGUUGAGUUUUGCUCUUGGUGAGGAGGAAUUCCCUGCUGAAGUAUCUACAGCUGUAGGAGCUUCAGUCCAAGCAUCCAGGGUGGCCAGGGAAAGCUGGAAACCCCCCAAGGAUCCCUCUCUGUCCCUGCUUGAGCAGCCUCUCAGAAUGCACAUCAGUUCCUGCAGGCUGCGCAUCCGAGGUCUGCACAGCGGGAAACGCCUCUGUGGGAUAGUAGGGUGACAUUUGCUGUUUCCCUGUGCCCCCUCCCCUCCUGGUAGCACAGGAGGGGGUUUCCACAGUCACCUUUUCCCCAAGAAGACAGCUGUGGAUCCCAAAAGUUCCUGUGUCCAUGAGUAAUGUCCAGGUCCAGGUCCAUGUUACAGAUGGUGCCGAUGCACACAGUGUGCAGUUUGUCCUGUCUCUGUGGGGCUCUCCAGGAGAAGGGAUGUUUUCUGGAGAAGGUGGAAUUGCCUCCCUCCUCUCCCACCAUCCAACCAGGUGGAAAGCCUGACCCGGUUCCUCAGUGCAGUGCCAAAGUCCUCUGGUCCUGCAUCCCCUGGGAGCAGAGGGGUGAAUUUCCUGCACUCAAACCAUCUUCUCCCUUCUCUUUCCAUGCCAUUGGCCAUCUGUCCUGGGGGACAGAACAGCCCAGGUUAAAUCUGGAGGGUGAGGGAAAAACAGAGUGGGGGAAGAGGAGGCUGGGAGGAGGGUGGAGGGAAGGAGGAGUCACUGUCUGGAUCCUUAGGAACAGGACAGGGAGCUGAGCAGCAGCCGUGGGCUGGUUCCCAGCAGUGCCACUGGAUCCAGGGACUCAGGGAUGUUACAGGGAGCACCAUUCCUGGGUUUCCUCUAGCAGGGAGUGAGGCCUGUGGGCAACAGCAUCUAUGGGAGGUUUGUCCACCCUUACAGGCCAGUGUCUUGUGAGAAAGGCUGCAGAGCUGCUCCCAGCCCUCCACCAGCGGAGUGUGUUCCCUGGGACAGCUGGUGGUGCCACAUCCUCUUGGGAAGCCCUUCCAACCCUCCCACACCCAUCCUGACACGCAGGACCAGCAGGAACAUGCUCAGAGCACCCUGACACAGCCAAGGGCUGGGAGUGUGGCCUCUGUGACAAACCAUGACCUUUGUCACCAGCCUUGGCAGGAAAACCAGACAGCAGGACCCUCCAGCCCUGCCUGGGGCCAGCAGAGUGCUGUGUCCUCUGGGACAGGGGGUGAGGAAAGGCUGGAGAAGGGCUCCUGGGGUGUCCUGGUCCCUUCCAGGCCACCUUCACCUGCACACCAGGUCGCUCAGGGUGUUGUCCUGACUAGUUCUGAGCAUCUCCCAGGGCCAUCCCAGCCCCGUGGGCCCUGCCAGCCUCCCUGCUGGCUCCUCCCCCAGAGAGGACACAGGGACUGUGCAGGCAGGGACAGAAUGGUGCUGUGUUACCCUCCCUUCUCUGGGCUGGAGGGGCCUGAACCAAACAAAAAGCCACAUUUAAUGGAAAACUGCCCAGAGGGUGCAGAGUCCCAGGGCCCCCGACACAGCUGAGGUUGCAAGAUGGGGACAUCUCUCCUUUCUCCUUUUUUAUUUAUAAACAGGUAUUUUCUUGGAUCUGGGAGAGCUGGAGGCUGGAAAUGAUUUGAUCCCUUUCCUGUUUAUAUUUGGCUUUAAAAAAAUAAACGACACUGACUUGCUACCCCC